AUGACGCCUCCGCUGCGUGCCUCGGGCUGGGUUGCCGCCGUUCUUGUUGCAUGUGUGGCAGCCACAGUCCACACAACACCGCUGGAUGACUACGUCAACAUGCCGGACAACAAUUACAGUUAUACGAUCUUGAAAGAGUACAGGAUACCGGGGGAAUACACCGCGUAUGUCGUCAACAUGACUUCACAGCAGUGGUUGACAUACAAUGAUUCGGACAGCGCUAUCUGGUUCCACUAUUUAACCAUCACCAUUCCCGAGCGUAUCGUCAAUUCCGAGCAUGCAUUUCUUUUCAUCACCGGCGGAUCCACGAAAAGCAGUCCCCCUGACCCACGGACCGAUAAGGAAAUCAGGAGAACAUCCAACAUCGCUGUCGGAGCUGGGAUAGUUGGUGCAACACUACGCCAAGUGCCAAACCAACCGAUCGUUUUCAAGACUGACCCGAAACAGAUGAAGAGGUAUGAGGAUGAAGUCAUUGCUUUCACCUGGCAUCAUUUCCUCUACAACGGUACGAACGAGCCUAACUGGCUGCUACGAUUACCUAUGACAAAGGCUGCUGUGCGGGCCAUGGACACCAUCACUGAUGUGGUAAACAAUGUCAGUCCAAACCAAAAUAUAUCAAAAUUCAUUGUCGCUGGAGAAUCCAAGAGAGGAUGGACUACGUGGACAACUGGAGCUGUUGAUAAGAGAGUGGUUGCUAUAGCACCUAUUGUACUCGACCUACUUAAUUUGAAAAAGAACUUCCACCAUCACUACCGUUCACUGGGAGGCUGGACCAUGGAGUUUAAUGACUAUUAUGAUGAAAACGUCACACUCUUUAUGGACACUCCACAACUGGACAAGAUGGCCGCCAUUGUUGAUCCUUUUGCCUACAAAGAUAGACUGACCAUGCCUAAGUUUAUCGUGACAGCAGGCUCGGAUGAAUUCUUCCUCCCUGACGAUUCCUACUAUUAUUUCAACGAACUUCCGGGUCCUAAGUAUCUCAGCAUCACUCCAAAUGACGAGCAUGAAUUAAGGUUUCACAAUUUAGAACUGACUCAUCAACUAACAUCAUUCGUUCGCACCGUUAUAAGGAGGCAUAUCAGUUUAGCAUAA